GCCAACUGCUGGUCCUGCAUGCGCAUCUCCAUCUGCCAAUGAAUAACAGGUCUCCCUUUAGUAGAACAUCUUACAUCAUGCCAGACCUCUUAGUGAUUAAGAGCUGCUUCCUGAGUUGCUUAUUAGUAUUGCUUCAGACAUCAAGCUCACAGCAGGACGAGCAAAGCCAGCUGCUACUGGUGUCCUUUGAUGGCUUCCGCUGGGACUAUGUGAAUCGAGUACCCACACCCAAUUUCCGUGCCCUGAUGGAUGAGGGUGUGCAGGUGGAACAAGUGGAAAACACCUACAUCACCAAGACCUACCCGAACCACUACACCUUAGUGACAGGAUUACAUGCCGAAACCCACGGCAUUGUUGCUAACGAAAUGUAUGACCCCAUUCACAACCGCUCCUUUUCUAUGGAAGGACCUGAAGUGUAUGAUGCAUGGUGGUGGGAGGAAGCUGUGCCAUUGUGGGUCACCAAUCAAAAGGCUGGGCGGAAGAGCGGAGCUGCCAUGUGGCCUGGAUCAGACGUAGCGAUUGGUGGAACGUUCCCAACACAUUACUUGAGUUAUAAUGCGUCAAUGCCAUUUGAGACCCGAGUCGACCAACUCAUUGACUGGUUCUCAGGGCCAGAGGCCAUCAAUUUUGGUGUCUUGUAUUGGGAGGAGCCAGAUGAGAGUGGGCAUAACUUGGGGCCAGAGAGCCCACUAAUGGAUGUAGUCAUAGCAGACAUCGAUGAGAAGUUGGGAUUCCUCAGGGAAAAGCUCAAAACUGCUGGCCUUUAUGACAAAGUCAAUCUCAUCGUUACGAGUGAUCAUGGAAUGACACAGUUAUCACAUGAUAAGAUUAUUGAGCUGGACACCUACGUCAGCCGUGAUCUUUACACAUGGAUAGACAAGAGCCCUGUAGUUGGUAUUUUGCCAAAAGAAGGUAAACUUGAAGAGGUCUACCAUUUGUUGAAGAAUGCCAACCCUAACAUGGUUGUUUAUAAAAAGGAGGAGAUCCCAGAUCAUUACCACUACAGACACAAUGUCAGGAUCAUGCCUCUGAUCAUUGAAGUCAAAGAGGGCUGGACGGUCAUGCAGAACAGAAACGGAUCUUUUAUGUUGGGAAACCAUGGUUAUAACAACAGCCUUCCCAGCAUGCACCCUGUGUUUGUCGCCCGUGGACCCGCUUUCCGCCGCGACUACACCAAAGCAUCCAUGCGCUCCGUCGACCUCUAUCCUCUCAUGUGCAGCAUUCUUGGUCUCAAGCCCUUGCCCAACAAUGGCUCUUUGUCAAGCGUACAGGAUGUCCUAGUGGAGACGUCAACCCCAAAGCCAGUGGUCCCACCCGUGCCCAGAGAGCCUUCCUACGCCUGGGCCGUGGGAUCCAUCCUCGGCGCUGCCCUCGUGAUCGGGUUUCUAUUCAUCUUUGUGCAACAGGUGACACAGCGGCAGCUAACGCCACUGCAUCUGUCUAAUAGUGAAAUAACACAACCCUUACUGUAGGGUCAAACACAAGGGUUGUUGGCACUUUUCUCAUGUGAGGUUCUCAAAGUAUGUGGCACUGAUUAUCUCUCCAGUGCCACAGAUCUUGAUUCAUUCUAAAAUAAUUCUAAUAACACUUUUUAAACAGUCAGCAUGGUCGCUUGAAUUCAAAAGCGAUCGAUAUCCAUGGUACCACGCCAAAGCUGAAUAUACCAAAAGCAAUAUGGGGAAAGAUGCUACAGUGGAAAAAGGUUGUGCAAUCAUCAAAAUCAUAGCUGACUAAGCCAAUAGUGCCCUCUUCUGGUGAAGCUGUCAGUCAUACCUUUAUUCUAGUCAUCUAAAAUCUAGUAUUUGAAGAAAAAAUGUUAGCAUCCCCAUGCUUUUCCUUUCAAUUUGAAUCUGACAUUAAUUUAAUAAGAGAGAGUUGACCUAUCUUGAAUUUGCUUUAAAUGAAUGUUCCAGGUUCAAAUUGAUAGCAUUCGUGGCAUAAUUAUCACAAAAAUUAAUUUCCGUGUCCCUCCUUUUCUGUAAAAAACAAAAAACAACUACAACAAAAAACACCAAUCUGGGAUACAUUAAGGCACUUACAAUAGAAAACUGGACCAAUUCAUAAACAUUAACAUUAAAAUAAUCAUUUAAUACUAUUAAAAUAAAACAUUGAAAUACUCACUGUUUCAAUAGUAUAGACACAACUAGCAAAUAAUAUGAAUGUUAACAUAAAAUAUGAUUUUAGUGCGAAAAAUUACUUCUGUGUAAAUUGAUUUUCAAUUUUAGGUUUUUUUCCAUGACAACACAAUGCUAUAAUCCCUAAAACACUAAAAGGCCUAAAAAUGAUUUAAAUAGCAUUACAGCCCAAAUAAUAUACAAACUGUAACAGUAAAAGAAAAAAAAAAAACAUUUUAAUUGAUUUUAUAAUAUG